AUGUCGAGCGGACAUGGACACCCGACAGCCGCUGUGCUGUUUGUGUCAUUCGCCUUGCUCUUGGGCGUGUUCUGUCGCUCCCUCGCGAAAAGCAUUGGCGGCGUCAUCCCCUACACGGUGUUGCUGCUCCUCUUUGGAGUGCUCUGGGGUGUCAUGGACGACCACACCACCUCUGAACUAGGCGACGCUGCAAACGAGGUGGCUGAUAUCGACCCACACCUCUUCUUGCAGGCAAGUGUGUUUCUGCCGCUGCUUAUCUUCGAGAGUGCCUUCUCCAUGAAGUGGCACAUCUUCAAGCGCAUGCUGCCCCAAAUGCUGGCGCUGGCUGUGCUUGGCGUUGUGAUUGCGUCGUCGCUGACGGCGUGUGUGCUGCGUGUGCUCAUAUCCCCGUUCCUCUCGUGGUCGGAGUGUUUCCUGAUUGGUGCCAUCGUCUCCGCCACCGACCCCGUCGCAGUGGUUGCCCUGCUGAAGGACCUUGGCGGGUCUGCGAAACUGCGCACGCUGGUGGAGGGCGAAUCCCUGUUGAACGACGGCACGGCAAUUGUCAUCUUCGUUGUGUUCCUGGACAUCAGUCGCGGGGUUGAGCUUGGGCCCGGGGAUGUGGCAGUGACGUUCUUCCGCCUCGCGCUCGGCGGCAUUGGCCUUGGCAUCCUGUGGGGCGCGGUAACGAUUUGGCUGAUUGGACUUGUACACAAGGACACGCUUGUUGAGACGACACUCACCGUCGCCAGCACUUAUCUCCUCUUCCACGUUGCAGAGGAGCUGUGCGAGGUGUCUGGCGUGCUGGCCAUCGUUGCAUUGGGCGCCAGCUUCGUCUGGUACGGCAAAACGAAGAUCUCACCGUCAGUCGCACACAGUCUGCACGAGUUUUGGUCCAUUCUCGCGUACUUUGGCGAGACGAUUGUGUUUGUGCUCGCGGGCGUGCUGCUGGCCCAGAAGGUGGACUUUGCCUAUUUUUCCGCCCAGGACUACGGCUACCUCCUCCUCUUCUACGUGCUGCUCAUGGUCAUUCGCGCCGUCAUGGUGGUGAUCCUGUCCCCAAUCCUCAUCAACUUUGGCUAUGGAUUUGGCAUCCGGCGAGCGGCUGGUGGGGCGGCGCUGUUGCGUGUGGACAUGAUGUCCAGUUGA